AUGGGCGGCGCGACCUUGACGAUUGCCUCGCCCCCAAAGGCGCAACUGCCAGUCCGGUCGCAUUCUUCACCUGACCUAGUGUUGCUGUCAUCCCACUAUCCUCUUUCCGAGACCGCACCAUCCAAGGGCCUGCUGCCCCUGCCCGACUUUGAUGUCCCACCGCUGGAAGACUCCAUCUUCCUCAAGCUCAAGGAUUCUAGCGUCACAACAGUAUCAAGCCUACCGGCCCAUGGCCCACGCGCAUCCCAAGAGGCCCUGACCGCCGGUCUCGACACCGGCAGAAAGACAGAUGCCAUCCGACCUCAUACAUGGAGACCCCUGCGGGAUGAAAAUGACCUUGCCGACAUAGCAUCGCCGCCCCAGUCCUACCCCGAAGAGACGGACUCAGCAGGAACUACAGUCAACCUUUCCGAUUCCACACGACUCCACAGGUCUAGAACCGCUUCUGGUUCAUAUGUCAACUUAGGGAGCCUAUCAUGGCUACCCGGAUCGCGCUCCCGGAAUUCAUCCUCGGAAGAUGAACGCUCAGAGGUGCUUGAUGAGGCCGCCGAAUAUGACAAGGUGCUGUCGCCUAGGCGCAUAUGGGGUCGUGACAAACCAGGCUGGGGCAUUGGGGCGAGCAAGUCUUCGGAUUCUCUCAGUACAACGACACGCGCCCUCAACAGAGCCAAUGUCUAUCUCACCAAGAUCAAGCAAAAGCCACAGACGGUCUUCGUCAGGAGCGGGUUAGGUGCGUCCCCUAUCAAACGGAGCUUCGAGACGGUACGCGCCAUCAAGGAUGGUGCAAGCAGUGCUUAUGCUUCUUCCACGGACGUUAGUGCAGUGGAUGAGCUGGCGAGCACGCCUGUCACCGGUUCAGAGCGUGGGUCCGAGAUAACGGCGGCUUCGGUUGUGAGGGACCCUCUGUGGUCCCCGUUUCGCGACCUGGAUAGCGCAUACUAUGCCUUUGUGGGCAAGCAGACUACUGCCCAUCGCAUGACGAUUGUCAAGACGGCGCUGGUCCCGUUUCUGAAUCGGUAUACAUAUGACCCCUCAAACAAGGACGCAGAUGCUCUCUCGCCCGAGGAUGUGGAGCGCCGCGCCACCAUAAUGGGGAAGUGGUGGGCUGUCAUGCUCCAGCUCCUUGAUGAGAAUAGCGGUCGGGUCGCCUGGGACCAGGGCAUAACAGCAAGCUUGCUCCCCGACCCUACCCCGGAGCCUCUUGCCGGCCUUGACCGGCCGAUUGUACUUGGAGCGAUCACAAUGCUCAUGACCAGACCAGAGUGGCGACUGGGCACACCUCACUUCCGCCCGCUCGCCGAACGAUGUCCAUCCGAGAAGGUACGGGCACGCUCGGACUCCGGGGCUUUGUCCCUGAGCGACACCUCGUUCAUCGCUCGAUCGACCGAGCGAAACGUCCAUGAUGUUUUCCUAUCAAACUUGCUUAGCCAGCUCGCCGUCGUCAUAAACAAGCUCUCUCUCUGGAAAACCCCAGAGCCUCUCAUCACCUUUGCGGGCAAGACUUUGGCGUAUGGAUUCUUCUUCGUCCCGGGCGUAGCGCAGAUAGUCGUACGCCUGUGGGGGCUUGACGCAAAGCCUAGCCUCAUCACUAGGGUUGUGGAUGAAUUUGGGCUGCCCCGGGUGAGCCUUGGGGAAAGUGACGACAUUGUUGCUCUGUUCCCUCCGAGCCUGGGCUCACUGGGCUACUCGUCCGUCAAGAAGCUGAGAGAAAAGCUUCGGCGCCCCCCUAAAUUCCCAUCUCAGACACUCCACAUUCCGUGGUAUGGGCCAUGGGUUUCAAGGUGGCGUGGUGGCGAUACCAACCUCUUCUUCGUCUUUUACAAGCACUUUUAUCUAAUUUCGGAGGAGUUUAUGCCAACCGGCCUGCCCCUUGUCGAGAAAGCACGCGCACCGGCAUUCGUACUCAUACACGCCCAGUUGCUCUCCAUCUUUGAUGAUACCAUCAACCGCCAGGUUGCCUUUGAGGCUCUGAUGCGACCGCCAUUCCCAAAUUCCAUCCAAGGGGCUGACGCAGCACUUGCACAUAUGGGGUCGCCACUCCCACUUGCCAACAUGUUUCGUGGCAUGGACGAGAACUGCCUCAUUAUGCUACUGAGAGAUUUCCUAUUGAUGGCUAACUGUCUUAGCGGAGCGCGGUAUGCUUUCGCCGAAGCCUUUAUGCGCCUCUUGAAAGCUGCAACUAAGCGGACGGGCCAGUAUGACCACAAUGCCCAGCAACUCUUGUGUGAUUUCCUCCAAGAAGCUCUCCAAAUCUAUCAUGUGGCCCCUUCUAGCCCUGGUGAUGGUGGAAUCCCGGGUUCACCUCCGCUGAUGGGCUAUGUCGAUUGGACUUUCUGGUUCGAUGUCUGUAAGAGGAUGCUAUCCAAUAACAACACCAUGUCCGAGAUUAGAACUCUGUCGUUUUUGUUUUCGACAUGGGAUAUAAUAGCGGCGGAUCCAAGUAGGAAGGAGGCAUUGUGUAUGGAUUGGCUACUUGACGAGGAGGUUUUCGCAAAGUUUUUCUGCAACUGGUGCCCCAUGGUCCGGGCAUAUUAUCUGAGGCUCCUAUGUUGGAGAAUUUGCCGCGAUUCCGGGAGCUCGAAUGAACUGGACACUCGAAUCUGGAUCUUGGUCUCCAAGAGACUCAGGGACACAUAUUCGCAAUAUCUCUGGUUGAAACAAAAGGCAGAGCGGUCGGCUUUGGCUCCCCCUUCGACAACCCCGAGUCCGCCACAGCCAGGCAAACGUUUUAUGAUCGUGCGCAACGAGGUCAUGGGAGCAUCAUUUCAAGGUCUGCUGGCGAACCCCCUGGCCAGUCCCCAAAGAGCCAACUCGCUUCCGCAAGUUGACUUUAGGGACUUCGACGGCUAUAAUUCACACAACUUUACGACGGAAAGCAACGAUGGCGUUGACAAUCCUAGGGAUGCACAAUCCAACAAACGGCGAUCCCUUUUGGGGAGAUUGCGAGGCCUAAACGCACCGGCCGGUGAGGGCAGACCGCGAAACUAUGGCGAAGAGCUAGAAAAGUCACGCAGGGACACGGUGGUCCCACGACAGUGCUCCGAAGGCCCACCCCUCCCGCCCAAGGACGACAACCCAAGCCGAGCUCCGCCGUCCCCAGGCUCGGACUCGACUGGUUCCGCGCCCAUUUUUGACGCGGAGCAGUAUGUUUUCAAGUUCACACUCCACAACAUACCAUGGCAUAACGGCGUACCCGCCUAUCUCAGAGAACAGGUCAUUACGCGGCCUAGGCUGCCUGCUCCAGCACAGUCGAGAGUCAGUUCGAAGCUGGCGUCGGCGGGCUAUCGGGAAGAAGACACUGUUCCCUUAUCGCCAGGUCGUCCGCCAUCUACCAGGGCCGUCUCGGGCUGGAUGCAGGGCGGCUUGAUCUCAGAGGCCAGAAAUGCACAAAGGAAGCCUGGUUUGUACCAAAACACGCAGCAAUGCCUAUCUCCCGGCCUGGAGCCCCGCGGGAGGCCAUCGUUUGGUGGUGACAGCAGCCGGAGUGAGCUCAGGUUGAUUGGGGAGCUUCCUUUCGAGAAUUCUACGGCUGCCGGCCCAAAGCCGGAAACACGACAUCUGGAACUACCAAAGCCCAAGGAUGUGGAAAGCAAAACUAUGGCCGUCGAGCCUACUGGAAUACAUAAAACUACGUCACGUUAUGCGGGGCGUGCGCUUGCGGAGUGGAGCUUGGUCGUCAGCGAGUGCAACUCGUUCGUCGACCGACGACGUGAAGAGGGAGUUCUCGGUCUGAGGGACGUCGAGGUCCCUAUUCUGGCAGCCGAGGGCUUACGCAGGGCUGGAUAG